UUGUAUCAAGCAAAUUGCAUCUAUAUGUCGAGUAUGAGCGACACAAAAGAAACUUGAGCAUACACAAAGAGAGAAUAGUACUUUUAGAAAAAAGCAUUUCGACAGAUGUCUUAUACUGAGACAUUUUCACUUGUUGUUUUCUUUCUUAGUAUCGUAUCAACAAAUGCAAAGGCUUUGAAAAAAGGAGGCACGCAGAAGCUUUCGAUAAAAAGUGAUGUGGAAGUAGUUUCGAAAUUAUUGGACGUUAAUGUAUUUAAGCAUCACAACUAUGAAGAGAUGCUAUGGUUCAUGAAAUAUUUUUCCACAAAGUAUUCAAACAUUUCAAGGCUGUACAGCAUUGGGGAAUCAGUGCAAAACAGGAAGUUAUGGGUGUUUGAAAUUUCAGGUAAUGCCGGGAAACAUGAUCCAGGCGAACCAGAAGUAAAGUUAAUCGGUGGAAUUCACGGAGAGGAAGCGAUUAGUAAAGAGGUGUUACUUCAAUUUAUUAAACUUAUGUGUGAAGAGUACGAUAAAGAUUCAGAAUUAACGAAACUUGUUGAUACGACAAGAAUUCACAUUCUACCAAGUCUCAAUCCAGAUGGCUAUGCAAUGGCAAGAAGCAAGGGGCUUCAGCAUGAAGGUAUUGGACACACAAAUGCCCACGGUAUAGAUUUGAACUGGAACUUUCCAGAUCAGUUCUUCCCAACGACUACACCUUCACAACCAGAAACUGAGGCAAUUGUAGAAUGGAUAAAAUCAUAUUCCUUUGUGCUUUCUGGCAGCCUGCACGGAGGUUCAUUAGUCGUAUCUUAUCCGUAUGAUGAUUCACCUUCUGGGCAAAAUGUAUACAGUGCCACUCCGGAUGACGACGUUUUCAGACAUAUUGCAAGAGCAUAUUCCGUCAACCAUCCCACAAUGCAUUUAGCUAAUCCAAAACUGAACUGCACCCACCGAGGUCAGCAUUUCAUUGACGGUGUAACGAAUGGUGCUAAGUGGUUUAGUGAACCUGGAGGAAUGCAAGAUUACAACUACGUGAAAUCGAACUGUUUUGAAGUCACAAUCCAAAUUGGCUGCGAUAAAUUUCCUAAUGCAUCAAAGAUUCAAUCUUAUUGGAACGAAAACAAAAAAUCUCUUAUCAACUUUGUUAACCAGGUACACACAGGUGUAAAAGGUUUUGUCAAAGAUGUCAAAGGAAAACCUUUAAAGGCAGCAAAUAUUAUGGUGUCUGAUCGUCAGCAUCCGGUUACCACGGCUGACGAUGGUGACUAUUGGAGGCUGCUCGUACCAGGCUCCUAUGAAAUCCAAGCAAGCAUAGACGGUUAUAAGCCGCAGAGAAAAGUGGUCGAAGUCGAGCAGGAAAAAGUAACUAUUCUUGACUUCCACUUGAAACCGUCUCAAGAAGAUUUUGAAGGAGAACAAUCUACAGGAUUGUCCUACAACGAUCCGAGGGAAGGUGGUCGGCGGCAAUGGUCAAUGGCGGAAAGGAGAUCACGUGAAGGAGAUGAUGUUUUCCCUGAUGACACAGCACCCGAUUUUUCAAAAAAGACUUCAAAUGUACACGAUGAGAGACUAAGUCAAGGAAUUAAAGUAAAUGUUGCCGCGAGACAUUCAGCCACAAAGGAUGAAGAAAGAAAAGAUCGCACAGCAAGUGUUGGUGAAAAGAAAGAGCAAGCGUCGCACAAAGGAGUAAAAUUGCAGUCAACAACUUUAAAGCCUCCAUUGAAAACCACUCCUGAGCAAAAAGGCAAAGAAGCUGCUCUUGGAACGACGGUCGUCUGCAAUGUACGAGGAAAAUCAAGAAGUCUUAAAGGUGUACUAAAGUGGAGAGGAUACUUACCAACAUUGGCAAAGAGAAAAGACAACCUUAUCGCAGGAAUUGAGUUGAUGAAGCAGGAUAAACUCGGAACAGAUGGAUCGUUCAUGGGCAAGAGAUAUUUUACUGCGGCGCCAAAACAGGGAUACUUUGUAAGAUACAAAGAUUGUCAAAGAGUUUCACUUAACACGACGUAAAUAUAUGUUUUGAAAAGAAA